AAAUGUACAUUUUCCGCUCCAUUGGAAUCAACCAGGAUUUCAAUUACAGGAAGGACUUUGACUGCUACAAGUGAAAAGUUUGCAGUAUUGUACGAACAAAAGAAGAAAAUCCACACGCAGCGCAAUUCAAUUCAUGUUUUCAGUGCAUGGGAAAGUGUUCAGAAACGUGUGUGUGUGUGUGUGUGCGUGUACAACACCACGAGAAUGAGGACGGAAGGAAAAGUUGCUUGACCGUGGAAUUGUGUGUCAGUUCCAAACUACCUGCAGUUGUGAUUAAGAAUAAACUCGUAAAAUAAUUGUUAAAGUGGAAUUUUCUGUCGUGGGAAAGUUUCGUCGAGAAGAUCCCUACGCUGGCCGCUGGAAGAUCAUUCAUUCGUUUGCGUCGAUCGACUAUAUGUAUAUUGUUUGUGACAUAAACACUUACAUCUUACAACAUUUCAUUGUUUCGGUGUUGCUGUGAAAAAACUGUAGUAAUAGCUCGUAUACCGGUCUUCGGUCGUCCUGAAAUCAAAGGUGCGCAUGAAAGAUAAUUUAAUCCGGUGUUUUGGAAACUGUUUCCAAUCGUGGCGCGAUGCGUGGUUUUGUUAAAAGUUCGAGAUGAAUUUCAGAUAGCCGGGAUCACAUUCUCCGAGAAGUGUACAUUUUUUUUCUGUGUUGCCUGUGUGAAGGAAUUCGCUUCCGUUGAUUAAAUUGUGACGUCUUGUGUGCGAGUGAUCAAGAAAGAAACACACACCAAGCGUAAAUACCCGCCUGAGAGGAACAAAGACGCAAUCUGUUGCGGUCUUGCUUGAAUCGAAACUUUCGUCUCAAAAUGGCGGAUUCAUAUUAUCAGGGCGAGUACAUCAAACAUCCCGUGCUAUACGAACUAAGCCACAAGUAUGGCUUGUCGGACAAUGUUUCAGAGCAUCUCCUUCCUGAUCGGCUGGAGGAAAUCAAAGAGGCGAUUCGGCGCGAAAUUCGUAAAGAGCUCAAAAUCAAAGAAGGCGCGGAGAAGUUACGGGAAGUUGCAACCGAUCGUCGUUCACUAUCCGACGUUGCCUCGAUUGUUAAAAAAAGCAACAACAAACUGGCAGAGCUCAAGUCGGAACUGCACGAGCUGGAAAGUCAAAUAAUUCUAACACAGGGUAAUAGUGUCAGCAACAAUGGUGGUCAAGAUCCAAUACUAUCCACCGUUAUACCAAGUGGUCCCGAGUUGACAGCUAAUGACAAGCUAUUAAUAUCACUCGAAAAGCAGCUCAGCAUUGAGACCAAAGUGAAAAAUGGUGCCGAAAACAUGAUCCAAUCAAUUUCAAGCGGACACCACGGACGGGAUAAAAAGUUACUGGCCGAAGCGCAUCAAAUGUUGGCUGAUUCCAAAGCGAAAAUUGAAUAUCUGCGACUUAAAAUACUUAAGGUUCGUCAAAAUAAGCUUAACAAUAAGCUAUCCGAUGAAAAUGGAGGCGAUUCGGCAACCGCGUCAAAGAACCCACAAGAGUUGGAAACAUCCCUGGAAGAUCGUAUCGAGGAGCUUCGCCACAGACUUCGCAUAGAAGCGGCAGUGGUUGAUGGAGCAAAGAAUGUAAUUCGUACUCUACAAAGUACAAAGACGAUCGACAAGAAAGCAUUGCAAGAGGCUCAAGGACGCCUGUCGGAAUCAUCCCGUAAGCUUGACUUGCUGCGCAAAGCCCUCGAGUUGCGUCGUUUAGAGCUGCCGCAGGACAGUCCAACGGCGCAGCAACUGAAAGCAGAACUUCAAAAUGUACAAGCAUCCAGUCCUGGUCCUGUACAGUACACUAUGCGCAACUCGUUCCGUGGCAGUUUGCAGGGCAAACCGACACACAACCAGCAAUCGUUUAGUCGUUGUGCGGCCGUCACUGGUAAGCUUGAGGUCCGCCUGAUGGGAUGCCAGGAUUUACUCGAAGACGUGCCGGGACGUUCACGACGUGACAAGGACUCCGGCUCUUCUAGUCCCGGAGAUCUAAAAAGUUUUGUCAAGGGUGUCACUAGCAGAAGCUCAUCGAAAAGCUACAGUGUGAAGGAUGAAACUUCUUCGGAGAUUAUGGCCGUGAUCAAGCUGGACAACAUCACUGUCGGACAAACAUCUUGGCGACCCUGUUCGCAACAGGCUUGGGAUCAGCGAUUCAGCAUUGAUCUAGACCGCUCGCGUGAGCUCGAAAUCGGAGUUUACUGGCGCGAUUGGCGUUCCCUUUGUGCAGUAAAGUUUCUUCGUCUUGAGGAAUUUAUCGACGACAUUCGACAUGGGAUGGCGCUGCAGCUCGAACCGCAGGGUGUGCUAUUUGCAGAGAUAAAAUUCCUCAACCCAAUGAUAUCGCGUAAACCGAAGCUACAACGUCAACGUAUGAUAUUCAAUAAACAGCAAGUGAAGAAUAUUCCUCGAGCUAAACAAAUGAACAUCAACGUUGCCACCUGGGGUCGGUUGCUGAAGCGCAACACAAGCAGUUCACCUUCAACAGGAGGAAUAUCGGUUCAAGGUGCCCUCGCCAGUACACCAUCCACGGCGCCUUGCACACCCAGUGGCACGACUGCCGUACUUGCUUAUGAUCAAAUGCCCUCAGCAGAUCCGGCAGAGACGCUAGGCGAAACGGCUGACCAUAAUGUUGUCGGGUUGGGAGGAGGACGACCAUUGGGUAUCCAUGGAGUGAGUGUACUGCCUGAAAGUCCUUCUUCUCAUUCCUUGCAAAUCCAAGGUACUCCUAGUGUGCUCUCCGGUGGACGUCUACCUCCAUCCCAAUCGAUGAGUACGCCAUCCAGUUUCAGGCAGAAGAAACAACCCAUGCCAUCGCCCCGACAGGCGACAUCACCAAAAAUCGAUCACGAGUUGGAGUAUGCAUUAAGCAAAUUCGAUUUCCUCAACCAGCACGAUAGUAUUAAUGGUGUUAAUUUAUAUGAAAACGAACUACAGCCGCAACGACUAGAGUCGGCAGCAGGAAGUGGGCAGGAAAACUAUUGUGAUAUAGAAGCUAGUCCUUCCACCACCGUGAGUCCUCCAUCGUCGUUUGCAGAUAACUAUUGUGAUGUUCCACCUGCGCUCCCGGCAACCCCUCCACCUGUAAUCAGUGGACGAAUUACGCUACCGUCAGUAUUACAAAAAUCUCUUUCCGGGGAUCUUUUUUGUCCGCUGCUCGCUCUACCACCCCCCGUUCUCUUCGGCGGAACUGGCGUGCAAGAUGGUAAUGUUUACGGUAUUAAAGAUUACCGACAGAAUCGAGAUAGUUACUACAGUACCGUGUCAUCCACGGGAAGUCCGAUCGUAGAGGAACCACCGUCGCCAGCACCUAGUCAGAUGCAAUACGUUCAGUUUCCUGGAGAAGAGGAAACGUUCGACAGCAUCAUUGAGAUCCUCCCAUUUGAUCAGCUCUCGAUCAGCAGCGUAGUUCCGCCACCACAUUUGGUGGCCCCUCACCAACAUCAUCCUUCGUCAGCAAUCGCGGCUCAGACAGCAUCUUUAGCCGCGUCAGCCGCUUUACAGGCUCAACAACAACAUCUAUUCCAUCAACAGCAACAGCAGCAGUUUUUGUAUCAACAGCAACAACAAUUGCCCCAAUCUCUACCACCCUCAACACAGCAACUUAACACAGGUCAAUCUUCAAAUAUAAGUGGUAUUUCGUCGUUGGCAGAUGGGUCUGGAAACAACGUGGCAGGAGCUGUUGGCCCUCCAGUUAACCGACGACCAGGACCAGCUGCCAGGACCUUGCAGUACCGUGACAGUGCGUACGAAAGCCGCCGCCAGUCGCAAGCCGUUAGUGGUGGCGCAAAUGCCGCUGUUAAUAGUGGAGGCUUAUCCUUGGACAGUUUCCGACUGUUGAGCGUGCUGGGGCGAGGUCACUUCGGUAAGGUGAUACUAGCUCAGUACAAAACAACGGGUGAAUAUUUUGCUAUAAAAGCGCUCAAGAAGGGAGACAUAAUUGCACGCGACGAAGUUGAAUCAUUGCUGAGCGAAAAACGCAUAUUUGAGGUGGCCAACACUAUGCGCCAUCCAUUCCUGGUUAACUUGUUUUCCUGCUUCCAGACGGAUCAACACGUUUGCUUCGUGAUGGAAUAUGCUGCCGGCGGUGAUCUUAUGAUGCACAUUCACACGGAUGUAUUCUCGGAACCGAGGGCCGUGUUCUAUGCGGCGUGCGUUGUGCUUGGUUUACAAUAUUUGCAUGAAAGCAAAAUUAUAUACCGCGAUCUUAAACUAGACAACCUGCUGCUGGAUACGGAAGGCUACGUGAAGAUUGCUGACUUUGGUUUGUGUAAAGAGGGAAUGGGCUUUGGCGAUCGUACAGGAACAUUCUGUGGAACACCUGAGUUUUUAGCACCGGAAGUACUCACAGAAACGUCUUACACCCGUGCUGUCGACUGGUGGGGUUUGGGUGUGCUCAUAUUCGAAAUGUUAGUUGGAGAGUCCCCAUUCCCCGGUGACGAUGAGGAAGAAGUGUUUGAUUCGAUCGUGAACGAUGAAGUUCGCUAUCCAAGAUUCCUUUCCCUAGAGGCCAUUGCAAUAAUGAGAAGAUUGCUUCGUAAGAAUCCGGAACGGCGACUUGGUUCAUCGGAGCGGGACGCGGAAGACGUAAAGCGCCAAGCAUUUUUCCGCAACAUUGGCUGGGAUGAUCUAUUGCUCAGAAAAGUGAAGCCACCGUUUGUGCCAACAAUUCGCUCACCGGAGGAUGUUUCAAACUUUGAUGAAGAAUUUACAUCUGAAAAACCGGCCUUGACACCUCCAAAAGAUCCGCGUAUCCUAACGGAGAACGAACAGACUUACUUUAAAGACUUUACGUACAUGGCCGCCUGGUGUUAAAGCGAAAAAAUAGGAACCAGAGAAGAGUAUACAAAUUUUGAUGGAAGUUGGUGGAAAUUUUUUUUAAUGUUUGUUAUUAGUAUAUUAAAAUCUUCCACACCGCCUGAAAUUAACAUCCCUAUCCGCAGAAAAAUUAGAUCAGGUGUGAUUUUACCUUCCCUCCUACGCUUUAAGCGAGUAAGACUCAUGAGCAAAUAAUUGAGAUUGCUAGAUCGUUCGUUGCUUUGUUGUGGCGAAUAGGAGGCGGCAAGAUAAUUGCACCAGAAAUUUAGCUCGCUCCUACCCCUUCCCUGAGCAGAUAGACAAAAUAAAAAGAAAUCUACCAUCCUAUAAAGAUAAAACAAAACGACGGAAGACAACACGAAGUGCAUGGAAGAUCUUCUUAGCAUGUAGCGGCUUGGCUGCAAACAAGGAGUGCCUUCUAGGUUGUUUGUUAAUCAGACUUUGCUAUUAUACUUUUAUUUAGACUCGUUUAAUUGCACGCUCUAAGAAAAGACAUGUAAGAAAUUGUACCGCUAAGCGCUAAGCACACAAACAACGUAUCACACGAACCAAUGCUAGUUAUUCAGAAUGAGCUAGAGCGUAUUAAAAAAAGGAAUUAUAAACAACACGAUAAAACCGGAAUGUACAGAAAGCAUACACCAAUAUGUUUAUUAUUAUAAUUGCUGACUAACAUGUUCCGGUUAUGCUGUUGCUAUUUUAAAACAAUGUUAUUAUUAAAUGUUAAAUAACUAUAAUCGGCUUGAAAACACUGCUAAUAAUAACGAUUACUACUAAUUCCAUGGCUCGUUUCAACAAUAAGUUACAGCGCACGGGUCAUGAUCAAAUUCUAAUUUAAAAAUAAUUCGGUUCAAUCUGUUCCUUUGAGUUCCUUUCGCGUGAGGAGCGCAUUAUCCAAUUUCGAGUUACAGGUAUUCAUUAUAUACGAGCUUGUUGUUGGUCAUAUAUUGAGCUUGUGAUUUUUCUGUUUUUUUGCAAAUGACUGCUUAUGGAAUGCGAAAACUAAACCGUGUGUUUAUUUAUGUUCAUGGUUGCAAUGCAUCGAUUCAGGGAACCAACGAAGACCCUUUUUCCAGUAGGAAGAAUACUGAUCAUAGAUCGAAACAUUUUGUUAAAAUUAAUAGAUAACCGUAUUCCAGCUCGUAAAGAUCUCCAUGCUUUAUGGCUCCAGUAUAGCUUGACCAUGGUUUGAUCAGAAAAACUUUGAAACUAUGCGCAUACUGCUUUCCCUUCUGCUGCUCUUAGCCUUCAUUUCCUACUUUUAAUAUUUUCCGUUACCCCAAAAGAAAUACAGACGCCCAGUACGCUCAGCCUUUGCGAAAAGUUAUUUAUGAUGCAUUUUUUAUUUUAAGCAGUAGGGAGGGGAAAGGAUUUUUUGAGAUGAAGACUAGAUGAGGUCGUUUUUGUUAUACGCUGGUCUCGAGCAUGUUGUGUUUGAAUUCUUCUUUACCACUUAUACAUUUGGAAAAGAAUUUUAUAGCGAAAAUAAAUUAAAAAGACGUGGCGAACAGCACUAACAAACAAUUUCGCCAGAUGAAUGCUAUUUAGUAAUAAACAGGUAUUUUUUGUCAAAACUA